AUGCAUUACCUGCACUCCGCUUCGCUGAUCGCACCGCUGCUGGCAGCUACUAAGGUGGCUGCACAUGGCCAUGUCACUAACGUGGUCGUCAAUGGAGUCUACUAUCAAGGAUUCGACAUUGGGAGCUUCCCGUACAUGGCCGACCCUCCAAAGGUAGCGGCUUGGACCACGCCCAAUACGGGCAACGGCUUCAUCUCGCCAGAGCAAUAUGGAUCUGCCGAUAUCAUCUGCCACGAGAACGCUACCAACGCGCAAGCCCACAUCCCUAUCAAGGCCGGAGACCGCAUCAACCUCCAAUGGACGGCAUGGCCUGAGUCUCACCACGGCCCUGUCAUCGACUAUCUGGCUCGCUGCGACGGCAGCUGCUCCACCGUCGACAAAACGAGCCUCGAGUUCUUCAAAAUCGACGGUGUCGGCCUCGUUGACGAUUCGGAUGUCCCUGGCGUCUGGGGCGAUGACCAGCUCAUCAAGAACAACAACAGCUGGAUGGUCGAGAUUCCCAAGUCCAUUGCGCCAGGAAACUACGUGCUCCGGCACGAGUUGAUUGCCCUACACAGUGCACAGACAGAGGGCGGCGCGCAGAACUAUCCCCAGUGCUUCAAUCUUCAGGUCACCGGCUCCGGGACGGAUCAGCCAUCCGGUGUUGUCGGAACCAAGCUGUACUCCGAAUCUGGUCCCGGCAUUGUGGUCAACAUCUACUCCUCUCUUUCUUCCUAUACCGUGCCCGGUCCAACCAUGUACAGCGGCGCCGCCUCCAUCACUCAGACCUCGUCGGCGGUAACCUCGACUGGCACCGCCGUGACCGGGACGGGAGGCGCAAGCCAGGCUGCCGUGGCUGUUCCUACGUCGGAGGUGACGACACUGCCGGUCCAAGUCCCCACGACCUUGAUGACGAGCGCCGCCACCCCAGUGUCAUCCUCUGCGAUCCCAUCCUCGUCGUCGAUCGUGCCUUCCACGUCCCCUACUUCGUCUCCUUCCGCGGGUACAUAUGGCACGCAGAAGCUGUAUGGACAAUGCGGUGGUGAAGGAUGGGUUGGUCCCACUGCCUGUGGACAGGGUGCCACUUGCCGUGCUUAUAACCGGUACUAUCACCAGUGUGUCUCUUCCACGAAUUAG